AUGAGUUGUCUCAGGAUGCGCCAGACGCAGCUUGCACGCCAGCUCACGAAGAGCUUCCGCCAAUCGACACGAGCUUUUUCAUCGACACGGCCCGCGGCACGUAUCUACGGUACCGGAAACCUGAGAGCAAAAGAAGCCUCAGGCUUCAUCUCGCAGAAAUACCCUGUGAUAGACCACGAAUACGAUGCCAUUGUUGUCGGCGCCGGAGGAGCGGGUCUGCGAGCGGCCUUUGGUCUCGCUGAAGCUGGGUUCAACACUGCCUGCAUAUCGAAGCUGUUCCCCACGCGAUCACACACAGUAGCCGCACAGGGAGGUAUCAACGCUGCGCUUGGAAACAUGCACGAGGACGACUGGCGGUGGCACAUGUACGAUACCGUCAAGGGUUCAGAUUGGUUGGGUGACCAGGAUGCUAUUCACUACAUGACCAGAGAGGCUCCCCAAUCUGUCAUUGAACUUGAAAACUACGGCUGCCCAUUCUCAAGAACAGACGAUGGAAAAAUUUACCAGCGUGCUUUCGGUGGACAGUCUCAAAAGUAUGGCAAGGGUGGACAGGCAUACCGAUGCUGCGCUGCUGCUGAUCGUACUGGCCAUGCUCUCCUUCACACAUUGUACGGACAAUCGCUACGACACAACACCAAGUACUUUAUCGAGUACUUUGCCACUGACCUGAUCAUGGAGGAUGGCGUUUGCAAGGGUGUCAUUGCCUACAACCAGGAAGACGGAACCAUCCACCGAUUUAUCGCAAAGAACACCGUCUUGGCUACUGGAGGUUACGGACGCGCCUACUUCAGCUGCACAUCUGCCCACACCUGUACCGGUGACGGUAUGGCCAUGGUUGCCCGCGCCGGUCUUCCCAACCAGGAUCUCGAAUUUGUCCAAUUCCACCCCACUGGUAUUUAUGGUGCUGGAUGUCUGAUCACCGAGGGAUCUCGUGGUGAGGGAGGAUAUCUCCUCAAUUCCGAGGGUGAGCGAUUCAUGGAGCGUUAUGCACCUACCGCCAAAGAUCUCGCCUCCCGUGACGUUGUCUCCCGAUCCAUGACGCUUGAGAUCCGUGAGGGGCGUGGUGUUGGACCUGAAAAGGACCACAUUUACCUCCAGCUCAGCCAUUUGCCUGCCGAGGUUCUACACGAGCGUCUGCCUGGUAUCUCUGAGACUGCCGCCAUUUUCGCCGGUGUGGAUGUAACCAAGCAGCCCAUUCCUGUCCUGCCCACUGUGCACUACAACAUGGGUGGCAUUCCAACUAAGUACACUGGUGAGGUCAUCACACAAGAUGAAUCAGGUAACGACCAGGUUGUGCCUGGACUGUUCGCUUGUGGUGAAGCCGCCUCCGUCUCCGUCCACGGUGCCAACCGUCUCGGAGCCAACUCCCUCCUUGAUCUUAUCGUCUUCGGUCGCGCCGUAUCGCACACCAUCCGUGACAACUUCAGCCCCGGACAGAAGGCUGACCCUGUCGCCGCUGACGCCGGUGCCGAUUCGAUCGCCGUCCUCGACCAGAUCCGCACCUCUGAAGGUGCCAAGUCCACCGCCGAAGUCCGUCUCCAAAUGCAAAAGGUCAUGCAGACUGACGUUGCCGUAUUCCGCACCCAAGAGUCGUUAGACGAGGGUGUCCAGAAGAUCCACGACGUCGACUCGCAAUUCGCCGACAUUGGCAUCAAGGACCGCAGCAUGAUUUGGAACUCUGACCUUGUCGAAACCCUUGAGCUGAGGAACUUGCUCACGUGCGCUGUCCAGACGGCCGAAUCGGCCGCCAACCGCAAGGAGUCGAGAGGAGCGCACGCGCGUGAGGACUUCCCUGAUCGUGACGACGAGAACUGGAUGAAGCACACGUUGUCGUGGCAGAAGAAGCCGCAUGGUGAGACCAAGUUGGGCUACAGGAAAGUGGUUGGUACCACGCUGGAUGAGAAUGAGUGCAAGGCUGUGCCACCUUUUAAGCGUACCUACUAG